CUGAUACCAAUAAAAAUAAUUUAUUCAAUAAUAUCUUUGCUAAAACCCAUACUGAGUUAAAAAGCUUAAAUAGUGAAUUGUCUAUACUGCUUCAAGAUACUUAUUUGACAAAUAAUAACUCAAAUGAUAAUUCUAAUAAUAAAUUUAACAAAUUAAGCUCUGAUAAAACUUAUAAUGAAACUUCUCCAUUAUCUUUAAUUCCAAAUAGAAAGAUGUUAUUACAAAAUCAUAAAAUAAUUAAAAGUUUAUCUAGUUAA